UCGUCUUCAUUAUAAAAACAAUCCAAAUAGGACUUUUCUCAUUACUAAUUACUAAUAAUGGGAUUACAUAAAAGAUAAAAUAUAUUGAAUUGAGUUGUAAACUCAUUCUCCAAUUUCCAAAACUAUAUUAAUAUCAUUUUCAAAAUUUCAAAAUGAAUUUGUUUUUUGAUAUCUAUAUGGAAUGAAAUGUUUUGACCAUUCUAUGGUUCCUGAAAACACUCUCCAAAAUCUUUUAUUAAACUCUUUUGAAGUAAUCUCUAAACAAUUACUUAUUUCAAGCUUUGAAUAUCAAACUGGCUCAACGGAUUAACUAGCAGUAUUCGAAAUAAUAAAUAACACCAGCUUUGUAUACAAUUUAUUUUUCUAUUUGUGAAUUAAAAAAUUGUUCCUAGAUAUAUAACAGUGAGUUGAAACAUAUAUAAAAAAAUUUUAUCAGUAGUGCUAAUCACCAAAUUCAAAAGUGUUUUGCAACCCUAAUUUUCUUGCAGUAUUGACGUUUGCACAGCUAAUGACACUUUUGACAGCUCAAAAUUGCAAUUCUUCUUCAUAUUUCUUUUUCAAUAUCCGGUUCACGCAAUUGUUGAUCCUACCAAACAAAAAUGGCACCCAGAAAGGCUAAAGCUCAAAAGGAAGAAGUCCAAGUAUCGUUGGGCCCACAAGUACGCGAUGGUGAAUACGUUUUCGGUGUUGCACACAUCUAUGCCAGUUUCAACGAUACCUUCGUCCAUGUCACUGAUUUGUCUGGCCGUGAAACCAUUGCUCGCGUCACUGGUGGUAUGAAAGUGAAGGCUGAUCGUGAUGAAGCUUCACCCUACGCUGCUAUGUUGGCUGCUCAAGAUGUCGCUGAAAAAUGCAAAACUCUUGGCAUUACUGCUCUGCACAUCAAAUUGCGUGCCACCGGUGGUAACAAGACCAAAACUCCUGGACCCGGUGCCCAGUCAGCGUUACGUGCUUUGGCUCGUUCUUCAAUGAAAAUUGGACGCAUCGAAGAUGUUACACCAAUCCCAUCAGAUUCCACACGCAGGAAGGGUGGUCGUCGUGGUCGCCGUCUAUAAGCUAGAACACAUUAUGUUCUUUGUGCGUAUAUUUUGUUGUUCGUACGCAUUUGCGUACAGCAGAAAAGGAAACGUUAGAAAAAAUACAGAUUUUUUAAUAUAAGUGGUGAAAACUUAAA